GCUAGCAGCGGCCGUAGCGAAACAUGCUAACGGGCCGUAGCACCUCACACGUGCGCAGAGACUAUAGAGUGCUCGUCGACGUUUAAGUAACCGUAGCCGAAGAAUGCAGACGCCUAUUGCUGAUAUCGCUUAGUUAUCAGCGUGAUGUGCCAGUUACGAGGCGGUGCGGGGCGUGUGUAUUAAGGUUGGUGGACGUAACGGCACGUUUCUAAAGCGAGUGAAAAGUGGACACAUGAUUGGUGCGAGUGCAUUUAAGGACAUCAGCGGCAGCGCAUUAAGUUAACAAAAAUGGUCAGUCUAAUCGAAUUCUGUGCUAUCGCACGGGAAACUACGGUACUUGUGAGUCAUCAAGAGACGGCUGCCGACUUCGAGUAUCUGCUUGCGGACGUCUUAAAAGAAAUCCCCCCACAUGCUGACUUCAAGACUACUCGGUCCCGCGGUGGGUACGUUUUCCACCUUCUGGUGGAACAAGGACUUAUCUACAUUUGCGCAACACCACCAGAAGCCAGCAUGCACCAGUCAUUCACCUGUCUCUUCUUGAUAAAGCAGCGUUUUUUGGAGGGAAGCUUGUCAUCACGGGCGUGGACUGCACAAGAACAUGAGCUUGACAGAGAUUUUAGCAGUGUCAUUGCUGCUAUUGUAAGCAACUGCAACAGUGGACGAACAGGUGAUCAGAUCUCGCACUUGCAUCGCCAAGUGGAGGAUGUGCGUGGAAUCAUGGCACAGAACAUCGAGCGAGUUGUUGAGCGAGGUGACAGACUUGACAGCCUCCUUGAGAAGACCCAGGACCUCGAGCAAGCGGGGACAGUAUUUCGAGCCACUGCUAAGAAAGUGAAUCGCCACAUGUGCCUUCGUAAUGCACGCAUGAUGAUUGUCAUUGGAAUUAUAGUAGCUGGUGUGAUCACCAUAAUAACAUUGUUUGCAACAGGCGUUAUCAAGACAUAAUUGCUCUUGCUUCUGUGUUUAAAACUACUUACAAAUAAGCCUAAUAUAUUGUGUUAAUUGAUUGAUGUCUCAGACUUGUGAAUAAGCAUGGUAAUUUUAACUGUGCAUUAACACAUAAUAAAUUUGUUUUCAAUCCACAUCACAUUUUGCAACACAAUGUCAGCACUACCAGGUGGGGUGCCAUGAUUUCCUGGCUGGCACAGAACCAAGCAUUGCAAGUGUUUUGCACAUCCCAUUUUCUAUUUGUGUUGGUUCUGUGAAUUCCAUUGGAGACUUUUCCUAUAGCAUGUGGUGUAUAUCGUCAUUUGACACUAGGGACCACUUAAGUUGUUUUUUUUUCAGUAUUAGCUGUGUCUUUAGUAAGUAGCAUUAUAAUAAAUGUAAAAAGGUUUUUUGCAGUUCA